CUCUACAAUAAUAAACAACGACUGAUUCGUUCUGAGCUUGAAUUGAAUACGCUUGAAUUUAAUACUUUUGAAUAAUUCUUUUCUUAUUUACUAAACAUGGAAAGCAAACACGAAUUACCAAGUGAUCAAGCCGAUAUUUGUAUCAACAGGCGAGUGAAAUUGUUGCAUUUCAGUGAUGGCGUUGAAGAAGUUAUUGAACAACAAAAUGUUAGCGAAUUAGAUGCUGCACCCAAGCAUGAAGAAUCCGUUGAUCCGAAAUCUCUGGACUGGGGUCCAUGGUUCUCCCACUAUGCCUGGAAAUCUGGCACCAAAGUCCUCAAUGCUGUAGAUUACGCUGGCGAGUCACUGGCUAACUUCUUCGGAAUCACCACACCUAAAUACCAGAUAGAGAUUGAAGAGCAUGAGAGGGUUCUAGAAGAACAGAGAAAGAUGGAGGAUGAUUCUGUUGGAUGGGUGCCGAAGAAUGGUGGCGGGGAUGUCCCAUUGGUGAUAACAGAACCAAUAAAGGAAGUCGAGAAGCCUGUAGUGUAGUGGCCAUUAUUAUUUGAAUACAGUUAAUUUAUUUGAAAAACUUCCUGAGUCAGUUCUAACUCAGGAACACAAAAAAAGUCAUAAUGCAAUCCAGUGAUAAAGCUGUUUAUGCCUUGCUCUGUUAAGAAGUGUAUUUUUAUAUCAGAUUAUAUAAUAUAUACUGCACAAGAUUAUAUAAUCUAUAUUCAGAUGUGUU